GGAGUUUCUGCAGGAGCUGUGGUGUCACUAGAAGGCACCACUCUGGAGGCUAACACCAGCAAAGAAGAAAACUCAUCACUGACUGCUCACAUUCAGUUGAAGGACAUUGUUGCGAAAACCAUUUAUGAGAAAAAAUGCCGUCAUUUGAUUGGUCCAUUCACUGCAAACAUGGAUGGUCUUCUAUCAUGGAUUCCACUCUCAAAUGACACAUUUAUACCUCAGGUUCUCCUUGCCGCAGAAUUCAAUUUGGUGCCUGUAACAUUUGGACAAGAGCACAUGUUUUGUCUUUCCAAAAUGGCCCAGGAGAUUCAAAAAAUAAUACAG